UGAUGUACGCCAUACAUCUUUGUUUUCGUAGCUUACAGUAGGAUCGGUUGGAGCGUCAUUAUGUGUAUGGGCACUUGGUGGCAUACUGUCCAUGAUGGGUGCACUAUGCUACGCUGAAUUAGGAUGUAUGAUCCAGCGCUCUGGAGGAGAAUACCAAUACCUCAAGGCUUCUUGGGGCAGCUGUGUCGCACUAACGUUUACCUGGAGCAACCUUGUCCUAAGCAACGCAAUUGGAACAGCGUCUAUUUCCAUCGUAUUUGCACAAUAUAUCUGUAAUAUGGCCUAUUAUGAUACUGCGAAUCAUGAUACCCCCAAGAACGUUCCUACUUACCUGGUCAAGCUAGUCGCCGUCGCAUGUAUUUGGGCGAUUAUCUUAUUCAACAGCCUUGCUCGUCGUGCGGGGAGCAUGGUCCAAAAUGUUUUCACAUUUGCAAAGUUACUGGCUUUGACGAUGAUCAUCGUCAUAGGAUUUGUCUGGUUAGGAAAGGGCCAUGUAGAACCCUUUCAUGAUUCGUUUGCCAACAGUUCAACGAAUGGUUUAUCCUACGGCACUGCUAUGUAUCUCGCACUGUUCUCAUACAAUGGCUGGAAUAAUUUGAACUACGGGCUUGGAGAGGUCAAAAACCCGAAAAAAAACCUUCCUCUCGCCAUUGUUCUAUCCUGCGCUUUGGUCACAACUCUCUACAUCUUGGCUAACAUUGCUUACCUGGCAGUGCUUGGUACUGAAACCGUUGCAAAAAGUUCAACAAUAGCUAUGCUUUUGGGUUACCAGGUCUGGGGAACAGCUGGAGCUUACUUUUUCGCAUUGAUGGUUGUCUUGUCGACUUUCGGGGCUGUCAACGGCAAUGUGUGGGCCGCUUCUCGUGUCAUGGUUGCUGCAGCUCAAGAUGGAAUUAUUUUCCCCAAAUUUCUCGCGCACCAUCACCGUAGCCGAGAGGCACCCAUACGUGCUUUGGUUUUCACCGGCAUCAUUGGUAGCUUAUGGUGCAUCCCGGGCGACUUCACUUACUUGGCCAACAUUUACUCGUUUAUAGGAUGGCUCUGGUAUGGAAUAACCAUCUCUGGGUUGAUAUACAUGCGGUUCUCUGCGGAUAUGAAAGCCGCUGAGCGACCUUUCAAAGUCUGGCUACCCAUCGCCAUUCUUUUUGUUAUUCUGGAUUGCUACCUUGUGGUGGCUCCUCUUGUCGAUGCUGGACCUGGCGGUGUUACGCAGUAUAUUAUUUGUAUCCUCAUCGGCUUACUUGCUGUCCCUGUCUGGUUCAUUCGUGUACAUAAGCCUGCACUUGGACGGAGAUUGUUGGGUUGGAUACCAGGAUAUCAAGAUGUCACUUAUGUUGACACAACUGAAAAGGCGGGUGUGCCAUCAGAGAAACAUAGUCGUGAAGAUUAGGAAAUAAUAUAUCUUUUAUUAGCAUGUUGCUUUGGCGCAAUGCUUAUGGCAUGGUCAUUGCAAUUUCUAUUCACCGAGAAAGGCGAUA